AAGGGUGCGCGCGAGUGGUACCAUUGUGCUACCUCCAGACACCGGGGAUGGCACAAUAACUUCCUAGCUCCCCGGGACACUCCCCUGCCUGCGUGCGAUCAAAGGUCCCCUGCCCGGUGGAGGCUGCUCGCCUCAACCGCGGGGAAUUUCCGCCCUUUGCUCCCUCUGACUUCAGCUCUUAAAACUGGCGAGUUCGCAGGCGGGGCUCAGUAGGGGAGGAACCGGUACCCGGGUUCGCAGCCAGGAGCACCGGGCAUCCGGACCCGAAACCAGGAGUGCCCACGUCGGGGAGCGCGCUAGGCACUGAGCAUCCCAAACUGGAAUCGCUCGGAUUCUCUGGACUUGGAGCUCCUCCCACCUGGGGGCGACGCCACCUGCAGCCCUUGGGUUUUCUUUAUCUUACUUUCUAUUCUUCCUCUCACCCAAGCCUUUCUUUUUUCCUCCUAGCCCUCCAGAGCUUCCUUAUCUCUUUAAUCCUGCCCUGCCCGGUGGCACCUGUCUUUUCUUUCUGUUUUCACAGCUGUACAGAGGGAAGGGUUCACUGUUUUCAUCUGCUGUCUGAAUAUGCCUCUGGCUAGACCUAAGUGAAGGAAAGACCACCACCCCGCCCCAGACUGGGGGACGCUCUUCCAAGUUGUGAUGUGAGCAGUUUUGCUUUGCCACGGGUCCCAGUUGGGAUGUGCUGACUCAUUACAAAUCCCAGAGCAAGAAGACCAGUCAGUCAUUAUUGACUAAAAGCUCUGGAAGGAGACACUAUUUGAAGUGGAAUCCUAACCAUGUACUGUGAAGAAUUAUUCCUGAUACUUUUGGUUCUUAUUGUUAAAAAUAAAAAUACUUCAGAAGAAAAGUGCACUUCCCUCCACCAUAUUAAUGUGCUAGAAGGGGAACCUUUCCAUUUGAAACCUUGCGACAUAUCUCCAUCCUCACACAAGAAUGAAGCGCUCACCAUAAAAUGGUCCAAAAUGAAUACUUUACAUGACCGCAUAGAGUUGGAUACCAGCAGUUCUCCCAGAAUUACUUCACAAGGCUAUUCUUUGGAGUUCUGGCCAGUUCAGUUGGAUGAUGAGGGGACAUACUUUUCCCAAGUGGGAAAUGAUGAACAAAAUUGGACCUUAACUGUCAUCAAAAGAAACGAACACAGCUGUUUUUCUGGAAAACUUGUAUACAGCAGAAAGGUGGAAUCUAAAAAACUUUUGCAUAUACCCUGUGAAGAUAGUUACUAUCAGAAACUGAUCAACAGCACAUCACUGUAUAAGAACUGUAAGAAGAUAUCCCCACUGAAGAAGAACGCUGAUCCUGGGGACCAGGGAUAUUACUCCUGUGUGCUUUCCAUCCAUCAUAAUGGAAAACAGUACAACCUCACCAAGACCUUCAAUAUUACAAUAGUUGAAGGUCACAAUAAUAUAAUUCCAGUUCUUUUGGGACCAAAGCUUGAGCACACUGAAGUGGAAUUGGGAAAAGACGUGGAGCUCAACUGUUCGGCUUUGCUGAAUGAACAUGAUAAGUUUUAUUGGAACAUCAUUAAAAAUGACAGCCUAUAUCCUAAUGUACAUGAAGACAAAAAUGUGACAACGUGGAUUUCAGAUGGCAAACUGCAUGCUUCAAAAAUAUUGAGAAUUGAGAAAGUUACUGAAAAGAAUCUAAAUUUUUCAUAUAAUUGUGCUGUGGUUAACACAGAAGCCACAGACACUAAAAGCUUCAUUUUGUUUAGAAAAGAAAUGGCUGAUAUCCCAGGCCAUGUCUUCACGAGUGGAAUAAUUGUGGCAAUUUUCACCUCAGUGGCAGUAGUGUGUUUAGUGAUUAUGUGUGUCAUUUAUAAAGUUGACUUGGUUCUAUUCUACAGACACUUAGUGGAAAGAGAUGAAACGUUAACAGAUGGCAAAAUAUAUGAUGCUUUUGUGUCUUACCUGAAAGACUGUCAUCAAGAGAAUGGAGAAGAACAUACUUUUGCUGUGCAGACUUUACCCAGGGUCUUGGAAAAACAAUUUGGGUACAAGCUAUGCAUAUUUGAAAGAGAUGUAAUGCCUGGAGGAGCUGUGGUUGAUGAAGUCCAUUCACUCAUAGAGAAAAGCCGAAGACUCAUCAUUGUCUUAAGCAAAAGUUACAUGACCAAUGAAUCCAGGUUUGAACUUGAAAGUGGACUCCACAAAGCUCUGGUGGAAAGGAAAAUUAAAAUAAUCAUAAUCGAGUUUAUGCCUGUCAGUGACUUGACUUUACUGCCUCAAUCACUAAAGCUUCUGAAGUCGUACAGAGUUCUGAAGUGGAAGACUAAUGAAUCUCUUUCUUAUAAUUCACGGUUCUGGAAAAAUCUUCUAUAUUUGAUGCCUGCAAAAGCCAAACCAGAUGGGGGAGACUCUGAAACUUUACCAGUUCUCUCAGUACCUUGAUAUUUACAAAAUCUUCCUGUAAGAAAGACCUGAAGCUAUUAUAGAGGCUGAGGUUGCGUGCCUGGUCAAAAAAGAGACAGUCUUUCAAAACACUGAAUUCUGUGAAAAUCCUACUAGCAGUUAGAAGAUGAGACAAAACCUUGAGUUCUGGUCAUGAGCUCCCAGUAGACCUUGGAAUUCAUAAGAAAAGGAACUGCUAUUCUCUCUUCCUCCAUAGCCAUCUGGAUACUAACUCCACAUUCAGCAAGGAUGGGGUUAGACAGAAUGCAACGGACUUAUGCUUCACAAAAAGGCACUCUUAGGACAUUUUCAAUGAUAAAAGUUAAUUAGAACUGGAGGAUUUUAAGUGCACAAGGAGGCAUUUUCUAUGAACCAGUGGACAGCAGUCUCAGGAAUACUGACUUCAUUAUAGCCCAAGAGCAACAUAGUUCUCUUCUAUGUGGUUUGGGAGAUGGAAGGAGAGGGCUGGAAGGGCUGCCUGCAGAACAGGGAAAUGAGGUUGAGAGAGGGCUGCAGGGAUGGGCUUCUGGAUGCAUCAACUGCUGCAAGGCAAUAGUUCUAGGAAGCUCAGGGAGGCAUCAUGCAGAACAUGCUUAUUCAUUAUUUAGACCUUUUCAUAGGACCUUUUAAAAGGGAACCCUGAAUAUCUUUGCGUCCUGCACAAUAGACAAAAAUUUUAAAUUCAAAUCAUUCAUAGGACUUUUCCAUUUUUAUGGCUUAAAGCACUUUUUGAUUUUAUGUGAAUGUUUAUAGCUAGGAUAUUAGCCAGUAAACAGCAGCAAAUAGACAAUAAUAGUUACUUGUUCACUAUUUUAUUACGUGUUUAAAAUUCCCUUACUUAGAGGGGUAAUUUAGCAUGGUGGAUGAGGGUGUGCGUUAUCCUUCCUUCUGUGAUCUCUGGAAUCCUAUCUAACCUCUCUGUGCCUCAGUUUCCUCAUUUCUCAAAUCAGAACUUAUAACAAGUAUACCUGCUUCACAGGGAAACUAAAUAAACAGAUAAAAGUAAACUGUUACAGCAAUGCUUGGCACAGACUUACCAUUCUGUAAGUUGCUCUUACUGGUAGUAUUAUUAUUGCCAUUAUUCGCUAUUACUUUGCUCAGUUGUUUAACAGUGGACCAAAUGGAAGUCACAGAGCAGGAAUGGAAGCAGAUCUGGGAAGGGAAGCUUUGAAAUGAGUUGCAAAUAGAGGUAUACAGGAGAGGCACAGCAACAUGGAAAAGGGUAUUUCCUGUUGACAGUACCCUGAGGCUUUCUCCACUUCCCAGUACAACGGCUGUCUGUGGAAACUGCUGAAGGGUAAAAGAGGAACUUACAGAGGAAGGAAGAUUCAGGGAAGUCCAAAGCUGCCUAUUUGCAAGCCUGCCAGAAUGCAGGGGUGUAGAGUGAAUGUCCCAGAAAAUUUAAAGCAGAGUUGUCUAGAACAGGUAUAGCAGAUUUUUCUGAAAAAGUCAAGAAGAAUGAGGAUUCUCAAAUAAGAAAGUGCUUUAAUUUCUGUAGCUCAUGACUUCAUGGGCUAAUUGGCUGGCUUUAAAAAGAGGAAUUCAACAAAUGCUUUAUGUUCUGUGUGUGAAAAUACUUUCUCAGCAGAAAUUGUAUUGCUAUAAUAGUUUUUAAUAAAUAGAAUGACUUCGUUUCUUUCUUUCAUUACCCAUGCUUUAAAACACAUGAAAUGUACUUUGUAUGAAGUAUGUUUUACAUCAAAGCUAUUAAAUGUAUACAUUAGGUAUGUGCUUCAAAGACAACC